GGGGAGGAGGAGGAGGAGGUCGAGGAAAAGAAAGAGAGGAGAAGCAGAGCAGAAAGCAGGCGAGGAGGACAGGAGAAGGAGAGGAGAAGGAGAGGAGAAGGAGAGGAGAGGAGAAGGAGAGGAGAAGGAUAGAAGAAGGGAAGGAGAAGGAGAGGGGAAGGAGGAAAAGAGAAGAGGAGGAAGUGGAGGGAGAGGGGGGUGACAAAGAGGUAUUCAUAUGGGGAAGCGGAGGAGACAAAACAGGAAGGGGACGAGGAGGGGAGGAGAAGGGGAGAAGGGUAGGAAAACAGAGGAGAAGUGGAGGAGAAGCAUAGGAGAAGCAGAGGAGCAGCGGAGGAGAAGCGGAGGAGAAGAGGAGAAGCGAAGGGGAAGAGGAGAAGCGGAGGAAAAGGGGAAUAGAAAGCCACCUCGGUCGGCCCUGUGCUGUGUGACUCAAGAUAAGGAGAAGGGCGGAGAAGGGGUGGAGAAGGGGCCGAGAAGGGAGGAAAAGCAGAGGAGAAGCGGAGGAGAAGCGAAGGAGAAGCGGGGAGGAGAAGCGGAGGAGAAGAGGAGGAGAAGCAGAGGAGCAGCGAAGGAGUAGUGGAGGAGAAGCAGAGGAGAAGUGGAGGGCAAGGGGAGUAGAAAGCCGCCUCGGCCGGGCCUGUGCUUCCUGGCUCAGGACAAGG